AUGCAUGACGCCAAGCCUCAGACAUAUAUCCAGGCCAUUGGAAGUGCUGGAUUUUCCUCUCAACCCGGUGUUUGGCAACCAUCGCCAAGUGUCGAUCCAAGCACUGGUUAUCCCUCAUCGGAGACUAACUCCAGUACUCUCUCUCGGGGUAAAGGUAAAGGCAAACGUCCUCGGACUGCAAGUAUGACACGGCCCCAUCGUCCAUUAGAUCCGGAUCUCUAUCCCUAUGGAAACCGUGGAGCCCAUACCCAGGAUCGGUCCCAGAAUGCCGGAAUAUCAAAGAGGCGUCCGUCAAAUGGACAAGUCCCUUUACUUCCCAGAUCUCCACCACAUGGGGUGGCUGAUAGAGGUGGUGUAAGUAUGACUAGUGGAAAGCCAAUUCCAAAGAAGCCUCGCGGGAAACGCACUGGGCCUUUGCGUGAAGGGGGGCGGCAGCUCGCAACCAGAAGGAGAAACGAGCGGACCGUAUGCAUUGGCUGUAAGAUGGCCAAAGUCAUUUGUGAGGGUCGAGAAGAUGGGAAGGACUGCUUGCGGUGCUCCAGUAGCAGUAGUAGUGCCCCUAAGCCAUUUGUAUGUGCUCCUGCGAGUUUCUUUGAACUUGUUCAACAAGGCAGCACCGUUUUACUUGCUCUCCACAUGAUUUAUCCUCUUUCCGCCCACGGCUUCCGUCAACCAAUCGAGUUACCUUCAGAGAUAAAUAUAAGACACCUACUCCACAUCUUGGACGAACUGCGAAAAAAUUACGACAGCAUCCGCGUAUACGGAAGACAGGGAAUACUCUACGAGCUUGACAUCCGCGCCUGUUGGGUAUACAUCAACUCCAGCUGCUCCCCUAUACCCCAUCCAUUCCGACAGUUCAUCAAUGGACUCAAGGUUCAAAGACAAGAUACGUGGAAGACAUGCAUUAGGGAUGGCUACGGUCAACCGUUGAAUAGAGACACCCUGUGCGAUGUGCUCCUUGCGCUGGAUGACAUGGCUCCGUGGGCCACAUACACUCUAAAGCCAAAGUCUCAUGACCUCUACGGGCCGAUAGGCGAUGAAUUUGGGACAACCCUUGCCCCAGAUGAUGGACAGCAAAGACAAGUUAUCAUCGCUGCAGCCCAAUUGUCACGAAUAAUAGGGCGUAAGCUAGAGCUCGAAUUCUACGAUCAGCUCAAAAAGGCCCUUGCCAACCCUAGCAUCUGCCAUGAACUAGUUCUUGAAGUCGGCCGCACACUCAUGUCUCUCCGCCGCCGCUUAAUCAUGUGGACUUACCAUUGGGAACGUGUAUCCCCUUCCACGACACCCGAGCCUGAAUCGCAACUUAAUGAUGGUAGAGACGGUAAUACAAUGAGCCGCCUCAGGCAGCUCUGCCAGGUCCUCUACGUUUAUUUCUGCUACAUGAGACGGCGACUGCCCGCUAAUGAGCAAGAAAGCAUACGUACCAUGACGGUGCUGUAUCCUGACAAGGCCGGGGAGGUGCAAGAGAGCUUCCCACAGUUCGAGAGCAUUGAGGGAUUUGAGGAGUGGCUAUAUUUUAAAGAUCAACCAACGGCAGAGACGGAUAUGGACAGCGACCAGAUGUAA